UUCUUUCUUUGUCGUCUCUCUCUUUCUCUCUCGCUCACGCGCGCUCUAUAAACUCCGUAUGUCCUCUAUGUACAUAAUAUACACGGACCUCGCUCCCGAACAUAGAGCAGCGGCUAAUGCGGGUUCUCGUGUAGCCGGCAAAGUCCGCGGUCUUCAAUUUUCGUCUAGUCGUCGAUCCGCGUGCAUCAUCGAUCAGUCCCCGGCUACCCCGCAUGCGCGAUUCAACCCCGCGAAAGCAACAGGUUCGUUCGUGUCGCGACACAAACCGCGCCGCCAUCUCUCACGUAAGCGCGACAAGUGAUCGGUCGUGCGGAACGCCGCGAGACAAUCUUCGGGUCGAAGGGGUGUCGACGCGAGGAAGUGAGUGAACAGGACGCGAGUGUGCGGGCUACCACCGGAGGAGUCAGGUUGCACGGGAAGAUGAAGAGGAGGAGGAGCGACGACGACGUGAAGCCAGCCACCAAGUACCGGCAUCGAGAAUACACGUUGCUCGACUAUGUCGAGGGGACCGCAGAGCCGACGUCGCAGACUGCCAGAGAGGCGGUCAUCAAGCAAGAAGAGGGGGAGGCGACGACGGCAAUGACGGUGGCCGCAGUGCCGAUAAAGAGCGAAGACGUCAUCGAGCAUGAAGUCGACCAGCGGCAGGAGCAGCAGCAGCAACAGCAGCAACAACGGCAACUGGCGUACGUGGCGAGUGAAGAGGUCGGGAAGGAGAGUGUGGGCGUGCUGAAGGCGGGACAGCCGGAAAUGGAAAAUGGCGCCAUAGUAGAGUCGACCGGUGCUGGAGCAGUUGCUAUUGCGGUUGCCGCCGUCGCCGCUGACCAUGUCGAGGAUCCCAGCGCCACCUACACUCUUCAUCAGCUGGGCUACCAUGCUGCAAACAUCAUUCGAAGUAGCUACCUCGAAGAGGGCUCACCCCGCUACGAGGGUGGCGACAUAAAGGAGGAGCAGCAACAGCAACAGGUCUCUCAGUCGUCCCACCCGUCGCACCAUCUAGAGCACCACCACCACCACCACCACCACCACCGCCAGCAGCAGCAGCAGCAACAGCAGCAGCAGCAGCAGCAGCAGCAGCAGCAGCCGCCGCCGUCGCAGCACUCCCAGCCCCAACACCACCAGACGCAACAUUACAUCCAGCUCGGGGCGAGAGAGGUCCCGGUUCCCGAGGGAGGGGAUAACCGGCACCCGACAGAGGCCUCCGUCGUGACGGAGGGAAGCAGAGCCGGCAGUCACAUGCCUCACUCCACGAUGCAUCGUUACGGCACCGAGACGCUCUCACCAACUACGACCGAUCAUCAUCAGCAUCAUCAUCAACAGCAGCAGCAUCACCACUUGUCUGAGGUGCAUCAACACGCCGUGUUGUCGGCUCAUCGCCACUUGGACGAUCAGCAGCCACAGCAUCAUCACGAGAUAGAGACGGACGAGGACGCGGAGCGAGGUGUCAGUGGCAUUACCGUUGCCAUGAGAACUCGAGGCGAUUAUCUGGGAACUCUGUUCCCCAUCAAUUCGUCGAAUGCCGCGGGAUCCGGUAACGGGCCCAACAAUCAUCACCAUCAUUCGCAUCACUUGGACGACGUGUUGGAGGAUUCCUACCUGCAGCAUCAUAUCCGCGCCGGUGCUACCGCGACUGGCAGUGCCGGCGGCGGCGGCGGCGGCGGUGGUUCUCCGUCGGUUAGGACAGGCGGCUCGCCGACUCCCAGUCACAGUCCUCAUGAUGAUCAGUCGCCGCAUCGCCUGGUCCAAGAAGCUGGCUACAGCCCAAACGAUCAGGGUAGAUUGCAGUCCUUCACACAUCUCACGGCUAUGCAGCCAUCGUCGGUGCAGUCCAAUCACGGGCUGCAGGAGUCCGAGCGCGUGACCGAUCAGCUGUACAUGGACACGAUCUACACGCAUCACGCGACCAGCACCCCGCAUCAUCAUCAGGAGCACGAUCAGGGCCCCUCCACGCCGCACUCGCCGAGCGGCACGCUCUCCAGUUCGUCGUUGUAUCGGUCGAUGGGCAGCGUGAGUGGGAUGAACACCGGAACGGCGACCGCAGGAGGAACUUACACCCUUCCCUACAUGACGAGUAGCCCCACGGAGUUGGCUUCGCCGCCACAGCUUUGGAACACUCAGGGUCUAAGCCCCGGAUUAUCGAUACCAGAGGAUUACAAUAGCAAAUCUUCAACCACGGUGCCUCAUCAAUCGUUGCCAGCCUUCUCGUCACAGCCUUUUGGCUCCCGAUCCAGUUUUCGUUACAGUCCACCUUACUCGAGCCAACAAACAGGAACGUCUGCUGGUGCUACUGACGCCGUUUCUUGGGCAUAUGCGUCUCCUCCGAAUGAUCAAUUAACUACACAAUAUGUCACACCUUCGAGGGGACAGACAGUUAAUCCUGCGACGACGCCAGCGCAGCAUCAGCUCACUAAUGCAGCAGGUUUGACUACACUGCACAACAUCGAGGCGGAGUACUAUACGGAGGGCCGUGAAUGCGUGAACUGCGGCGCGAUUUCCACACCUCUGUGGCGUAGGGACGGCACAGGGCAUUACCUCUGCAACGCGUGCGGGCUCUACCACAAGAUGAAUGGAAUGAAUCGGCCUCUGGUCAAGCAACCACGCCGUCUGUCUGCUUCGAGACGUAUGGGUCUCGCGUGCAGCAAUUGCGAGACCACUAUGACGUCGCUUUGGCGUCGCAAUACAAUGGGCGAACCGGUCUGCAACGCUUGUGGUCUUUACUACAAACUGCAUGGUGUCAACAGGCCGUCUACUAUGAAGAAGGACAGCAUUCAGACGCGAAAACGAAAGCCCAAGGGUAGCAGCAUGAAAACCAGCGACACGCCUCUCUCCACCAAUGUCACGCAGUGCACGAACAACAAUAACAAUAACAACAAUAACAGCGUGAAAAUCGAGCCAGAUACUUACGGUGAUAUUCGGAUGGCACACACCGGGGUGUCGCAAGUACCAUACACGCCUACCAUACUCUACGGCAGUCCACCGAACUGCGCGAUCCAGCGGGCCAGGCAGUCCAGGUCUUACCAGCCUACGAACAACCUCUAUUACGAUAUGCUCACUUCGCAGCAGCAGCAGCAACAGCAACAUCAACAGUUGAUGGAUUCUCAUUCGCCAAAGAUGAGCGGUGGUUCUCCACCUUGCGCGACGCGCGGUCAAUCGCCGGAUCAUCACCAGCUCACUUCGCCACACAUCGUCACUCUGAGCAGUCCGUCAACCAGUCCAGACGAAUCCAAGAUUAUGUUGGACAAUGGUCCCGCGCGAAACUGAACUGAAUCUCUAAAUAUGCUACGGUGAAUGGCUUAUUAGCACCGUGUGUUUACGAUAACUCUUAAGCGCUUGCGAGAUCGCGUUUGUGGUCCACUGGAAUCCGAGCGUACGAGCGCGCGGAGGAAACAGUCGCUAGCGGAGCAGGUACAGAGGCAGGAAAUGCAAAACACUUCACUUCAACGCACACGAAUACGAAAGUUUAAUGAAACAACAGUUACAAAUGAAUAAGCGGUCACAAGACAAGCAAGCUUCAAGCGAGAGGCAGUGUCUAAAGCCGAACGCGACGGAACGCUGUCCGACGGCAGCGGUACAGACGGCGGAAGCUGCCCCACGGCGGAGCAAAGCGAUGCACUAAGCAGCACGCGAUAUCGCACAAGCGCACGAAUGCAAGCGCAGGAGGAUAACAAGCAAAGUAUCCACCCUGGUGAAGCAGAAUUUUUAAACAUCUUUUUCGCAUCUAUUUUUAAACUACGGUGUUUUUACUCCACGAGUUUUUUUGUUUUGCUUCGUUUUAAAUACAGUUUCGCUUCUAAAUUUUGUUUUCUAGAACGAAACUAAUUUCCUUCUGAGAUGCUAUGCAAGCCGCGAGUGACACGUUGACGAAAGCAAGCUAGUCACGCAGCCUCACAACAUAACGCCGAGCUCCUCGUUCGACGCGCUUCGUCGUGCGAUCCGCGACACCGUGCCUCUUGUUCGUGUGUGUUUGAUUUUUUUUAGAAGGAAUGUAUUAAACACGUGAAUAAAAAAUCCAUUGAUAACUUGUGCUCGGAAAUGUAUAUAAUACAAUAAUGUAAUAGUAACGAUAUGAUAUAAUGUAAUAAUGUAAUAAUGUAAUGUAUUACAAUAUUGGGAGGUAAGACACAACCCCGAGCUCAGAGAAUUAGCGUUUGUCGCAUUGUCAUUGCCAAUGACACAAGUUAGUGUAAAGCGAGUAUUCUCGAACUUAAAAUAUAUUCUUGCAAUUUUAAGAAAAAAUCUAGAUUCACGCAUACGUGACAGAUGAUAUUUUAAUUACGAGAUGCAACAAUUUGUUCAUAUGACGGGAAUAAAAUUCUAUUUAACUGACGCGACUACUACUUCCGGUUAACCAAAAUCUUCCCUUGCAUCUCAGUGUUAUAAUGCAUUUUUAUUUUAAUGAAAAUAAAAAGAGCGAAUAAUCUUAGCUACUUAUUCUCUUCUUUUGAAUCGAGUUCUUCGAGUUGUAAACAAUUGAUAAAACAGGGUUUUUGCAAAGAAUUUUAGAAACAUAAGUAGAUAAUAAAAUUAUAUUCUUUAGUUAAUUUUAUUGUUUUUAUACGAUACAUUUUGACGGCUUAAUAAACGUAUUGAUAAAUGGUUUUUUUUCAACAUUUAUAAACGUAAGUGUUCUGCUUGAAACGGAACCAAAAUUAUUAGGAUCAAAAGGAAAUAAAGUUUCAUUCCCGUAAUAGUACUUUUGAUUCAUCUCUUUUCGUUUCGCAUCUAUUUUUAAACUACGGCGUUUUUAAUCAGCGUUUUUACGGCGUUUUUAAUCGGCGUUUUUACGGAGUUUUUUUGUUUUGCUUCGUUUUAAAUACAGUUUCGCUUCUAAAUUUUGUUUUCUAGAACGAAACUAAUUUCCUUCUGCACUUUUGAAUCGCAAGUUUCAAAAAAGCAGUAUCGACUUCGCAGCAGUUUAUAGCAUAUAGUAGUAAGAAAUUCAGAUAAAAUUGACAGUCUCCUUCAAAUAGAGACGAAUGUCUCUUUAGUUAAGAUUAAAAUUCAUAAUAGACUCCAGUAUUUUAUUAUCUGUUAUUAGUCGUGAUGCUGCUAAUUAGUAGUGCAUAUUAUCAGUGGACAUAUGGAAAUAAAAAUAUGAAAUAAUGUCGUAAAGAGAAAUUUAGAACGUUAGGAUGAACUUCGCAGAUUAAGAUAUCCCCCGUUUAUCAUUUAUUUUCAUUUUUCUAUUCCAUGUAUUUUUUAAACAAAUGUGUAAUGCUAAUUAGCGACAUCACAACUAAUAACAAAUAAUAAGAUACUAGAGUCUAUAAAUGAUGAAUCGAAGGAGGCUGUCAGUUUUAUCUGAAUUUCUUGUAUGUAUUAUAAACUAUUUUCUUUCAUGGGCGUUAUUUUAUAAAAUAAUUAUCUUAUAAAUUGUUUAGGAAAAGAUUAUAAAAUAAUCGUAAAUUGUGAUUAUCUUUGGCUCGAAAAAUUAUCGACAGACUUGGCCGCAUAACGUCUGCUGCGUAAGCUUCAGUUAGAAUCAAGUUCAUCGACAUGUUGCAUCUCGUCGACAAAUAUGUUAUGUUUUACAAAAUAUAUUUUUAGUGUUGUACCGAAAAAAAUCGGUAUUUUUCAAUAAAAAGGGAUUUAAGAUUGCA